UCUAAAAGGGAAUCCGCUUCGUUUCGAUAUGGAAGCACUGAACGUUUUCUCAAAGAAACUCUGGUGCGUGCGUAAACAACUCAUCCUUUUCCUGACACCGCUUCUUCUGCUUCCGUUGCUAUUCGUUUUACCGGUAAAGGAAGGGAAAUGUCUCUAUGUGGUUCUUCUUAUGGCUGUAUUUUGGUGCACGGAAGCGCUUCCACUGGCUGUCACCGCCAUGCUACCUGUCUGCCUUUUCCCCACCAUGGGCAUUCUUCCCUCCAAAAAAGUCUGCCCCCAGUACUUUUUGGAGACCAAUUUCCUCUUCUUAAGUGGUCUGGUGAUGGCUUCGGCCAUUGAGGAAUGGGGACUGCACCGCAGGAUCGCUCUGAAGGUGCUAAAGAUUGUAGGCGUGAAGCCUGCCUGGCUGAUUUUAGGGAUGAUGAUCACUACAUCCUUCCUGUCCAUGUGGCUCAGUAACACAGCCACCACUGCCAUGAUGCUGCCCAUUGCAAAUGCCAUUCUGGAGAGUCUUUUUGGAGACCUGCAGACCCUGAAAGAGAACUGCAAAGUCAAGGAGGAUCCUGAGGGUCAAUCUCAAGUAAAGAUGCAUGUUCUUCCCUCUGAAAAACAAGUACUGACAGUGGAAGACAGUAGGCUUGAUGGUGUAGAGCGACCUGACCAGAGGAGUCCUGAGGAGAUCCGGAAAGAGGCAGAGUACCAGAUGAAGGUGUGGAAAGGAUUCCUCAUUUGUAUACCUUAUGCAGCCAGCAUCGGUGGGACAGCAACACUAACUGGAACUGCACCCAACCUCAUUCUUGUCGGUCAGCUGAAGAGCUACUUCCCAGAGUGUGAUCUCAUCAAUUUUGGCUCAUGGUUUAUCUUUGCCUUCCCUCUCAUGGUCAUUUUCCUAUUUGUGGGGUGGAUAUGGAUCGCUCUUCUUUACGGAGGACUCAACACGAGAUUAUGCAUAAACAAACAUGAUGAACGAGAAGCUGCAGAGGCCAAAGCCAAGGCAGUCAUUGAUGAGAACUACAAAAAACUUGGACCCAUCAAUUUUGCAGAGGGAUCCAUCUCGUUCCUUUUCAUUUUAUUUGCUGUUCUACUUUUCACAAGAGAUCCCAAAUUUGUGACUGGUUGGGCCAUACUUUUCAACAAAGGGUAUGUGUCUGAUGCAGUCACCGGUGUGAUCAUCAUUUCUAUACUUUUCUUUUUUCCCUCUGAGUGCCCGUCUCUCCGAUGGUGGACUAACCGUCAGGCAUCCAACACUCCAUACGUCCCAUUGUUAUCAUGGAAGAAAGCCCAGCAGUGUGUGCCCUGGAAUAUCAUUCUGCUGCUGGGAGGAGGUUUCGCCAUGGCUAAAGGCUGCGAGGAGUCUGGGUUAGCCUCAUGGAUUGGUGGUCACCUCCAGCCCCUGGCUCAGGUACCGCCCGCAGUGGCAGUCAUACUGAUUGUGGCGUUCCUGGCCUGCUUCACUGAAUUUGCCAGCAACACUGCCACCAUCAUCAUCUUCCUCCCAGUCAUUGCUGAACUGGCGAUACGAGUGAAGGUGAAUCCUCUUUACUUCAUGAUCCCAGCCACCACAGGCUGCUCCUUCGCCUUUAUGCUGCCCGUCUCCACUCCUCCCAACUCCAUCGCUUUUGCUUCAGGACACCUCAUGGUCAAAGACAUGGUGAAGACUGGCUUCGUCAUGAACCUAUUGGGUAUCAUGUGUGUGUCGCUGGCCAUGAACACUUGGGCCAUGCAAAUGUUUGAACUCCACACGUAUCCAGACUGGGCUCAUCCUCUUAACACCACCUCCACCCAGGCCACUCUGCCACCCCUGAACAGUACAGGAUAGAGAGGAGAGAGACUUCACACCUCCCUGUAGAUGCAAUAAUGGAGUACGGUCCACCAAACCCUGCACUCUUCAUUUGGGUAGCUGAAUGUUACAACCAAAAAAAAAAAGAAAAAAAAAAAGAGGAAAAGUACAGUACGUAUUUUCUUCAUUCAUUUAUUUUGUAUGUGAGGUAGAAUAAUUCUUAGUGCAAAUGGAACCACUGGCAGUUCUAGGCAUUGCUGAUGGUUCUGUGUAGGAGUUAUUAGGGCAAGUUUAUGGAAGGCUCUCAAAUGUACUGUAAGUUGUUCAAAUUCUAUUGAAGGCAUUGAGGUAAAAAAUAUUUUGAGCAAAGAACUUGAUCGAUGGAAGAACCACUGUAUCUACGAAAAUUAUAAUAUAAUAU